AUGAUUCAUGGUAUCACAUCCGAGGAAAUGAUUAAUUUCGAGAAUAUCGAUGUUGUUACAUAUCCGUCUCUUCAACUUACCGCAACUGAUUAUGAACCACAGCUAUCCGCAAAAGAGCCCGGUCCAGGACCUCCAUCGGUGAUGCCUGUAAUUGACUAUUCCGAUGAAAAAAUCUCUGAUUCCACAGAGCAAAGUCCGGGAAUUCCAAUUCAUUGUACUAAUAUCGCAACAACUAUGGCUACGAAAGAUGAUGAAGCAAGUUAUGCAUCAAAUGUAGAAUCGACAUAUGCUGAAGUACCUGAAAUCACAGUGAUAGAUACAACAGCAACAACAACAACAACAUCUACUGUUUCCCCGUGUAUCAUGCAAAUAUCAAAUGAAAAUAAGCAAAUAUUUCCGAUAGAUGAAACAUCAACAGUUUCGACAAAAAAUACUAUAAUUAAUGAAAUGUCACUGGAACAAGCACGAAAUACGACAGUUGAAGUUAUUCCUGAAAGAUAUGAAACAACAACAAUUACUACACAUUUGGAAUUAACUGAUGAUCAAAUAUCGAAUACGAAAUAUACGAUUAAACCAUUAUUAUCUGAACCGUUUUCUCAAACAACAACAACAACAACAACAACAACAACAGCAGCAACAACAACAGUAACAACAACAACAGCAACAACAACAACAACGACAACAAUUACAUCAAAUUUUAGAAUGGAAAUGAAUACGGAAUAUAAUUUGAAAGAAUUGGAAAUUGUCAGCACAAGUAGCACCACAAUUUCUCAACAAUCACAAAUAUUAACAUAUACUAAUCCACCAUCAUUCAAUGUAACCGAAACAAUCUCAAUACCGUUAUAUACCAAUACAACAUCUACCAGAAUUGUUCUUAACCGUUUACGGGGCAAAGCUCGUUUAACCUGUAAGGAAGAUGGUUUGCAAUUCGAAAUUAACACACUAUUUCCAUUUACCGGACAAAUUUUUGCUCGUGAUCGAAAAUCUGUUGCUGAGUGUUAUUUUACAUUUCAUGAAGCAACUUUAAUCAAAACAACGAUGUCGUAUGCUGCAUGCGGUAUGCGAAAUAAUGAAGAGCAACGACCAGAAACUCAAUAUCACAUGCAAAUUAUUGUUAUUUUUCAACAAAAAGACAAUACGAGUACAAUACAAUCAUUUCUAACUCAAUGUGUCCAUCAAAAAAUACAAUAUCAGAAGCAAGUGAUACCGAAACGUAUUGAAGAAGCAUUGGAAGAAUUACGCUUAAUACCGAUGAAACUGGAGCAUAAAGCACAAGUUCCGGAAUGUAUGAUGCGUAUUGUCGCAGAAGAAGAACAUGGACAUGGUGAUGAUGGUACUGAAAUAGAAAUUGUUAAUAUUGGACAACCGAUGAGAAUCGAAUGGAGUUUAUUACCGGAAUCAGAUGCUUAUGGAUUUCAUGUACGAAAUUGCACGGUAGGAGAUACGGUUAGUAAUGAAGAAUAUAUGGUGAUCGAUGAACGAGGUUGCUCAACGGAUAUCAACAUCUUUAGUCAUCCACAUUACGAUACCUAUCAUGAUAUAGCUCGAGUUCAUUGGCAUGCAUUUAAAGUACCGGAUAUUAAUCAAUUGAGUAUCAAAUGCUCUAUAGAAAUAUGUACCGAUAUUCCGGAUACCAUAUCUGGUUUAACUAGUUGUGAUAGUAUACCAUCUCCACCAUUUUGUCCGGAUUUGAUAACAUCAGCAACGAAUGCUCUUCUAUCUGGUCAUGAAGUAGAAGUUAUCAGAAAACGACGAGAUAACAAAUCAUUCCAGCAACACGUUCAUGCUGAUGUUUGUUUGGGUGAUAAGACAGAUGAGUAUUGCAGUUCAGAGAAUUAUCGUAUAGAUCAUGAACGACAUGUCAACAUGUUUAAGGAUAAUUCACCGAAACGAUAUUGUUUAUCCCGCUUAUGGUUAAUUAUUUGGACGGGUUUAUCAGCAUUAACCGUGUUACUGGCAAUUAUUGUACACGGGUAUUGUCGCUAUUUUAGACGACGACGACACUGA